CGGAAAAAGCUGGGGCACGGCAAGAUGGCGCUGCUGUGGGACACCACUCUGCUCUUAAGAAAAGUUAAAGAUUUAAGAUGUUUGACGCCCAGACGACACCGAGUGAAAGAAAAAUGGGCUGCUACACGUCCCAAACUCCCACCCACCAGGCUGGCCGUGCAUCAUUUUGAUGCCACCUGUGGUGUCCAGCUGGGGCAGCUGUGGCCCUCAGUACGAGUCGCCAUGCUGGCAGAGAGAAAAUACGGAGCCUUGCUCAAUAAUUUCUCCCACAAUGCUGUUCUGGCAGGGCUCAAAGCUCAGGGAUGCAUAGACUUCAUCAGUGAAAGAGAGAAAGAGGUUCAACCAGGCUUGGAGCAAAAAUCAUUCGAGGAAUCCAGCAACGUUUGCGUGAAGAGCUCGGAUGCUGAUCGUGAGCAGCUGUCUCUAAGCCCAAAUAUUAAGUGUUUAGUGUUUCCAAGAAGCGACGUGACACGAUUCAAGCCUGCAAGGCCGGACAUGAACGGCCUGUUGGGUUACUACCUGAUGGACGCAGCAUCUCUGCUGCCUUGUCUCGCACUGGAUGUUCAAGAAGGUCACACUGUGCUUGACCUCUGUGCUGCUCCAGGCGGCAAAACCCUGGCUUUACUUCAGACCCAGGCUAUCCGGUUUCUGUGCAUAAACGACAGCUCAGUAUCUCGAACAGCACGACUGAAGAGGGUCCUCCACAGCUACGUUCCUAAGGCAUUUUUGACAAAUGAGAAACUACGCAUCACCUCCUUUGAUGGCACCAAAUGGGGGGAAAUUGAAAGCAACACUUUUGACAGAGUCCUUGUAGACGUUCCCUGCACCACAGACAGACAUUCAGUCAUGGAGGACGACAACAAUAUAUUCAGUAAGAGCCGGACUGGGGAGAGACGCAGGCUGCCACAGCUACAGCUGGAGCUGCUGCUAGCGGGAAUCCAGGCAGCUUGUCCCGGUGGAGAGAUCCUUUACUCCACCUGCGCUCUCUCACAGAACCAGAACCUCAGUGUGGUUGAACAGGCUAUCUACCAAGCUCGAGAGAAAGAUGGCAUCCAUCUACAGGUUGUUGACCUGCGGCCCCUCACACGCAUGUUUAGGAACACCUUUCACUUUGCUCCUGACCUCCACCUGGGUGAGAUGGUCAUCCCGCACUUAACCGCUAACUUUGGACCCAUUUACAUGUGCAAGCUAAAGAGGCUUACGUAGACUGCAGACUAUUCCAGAAGUUUGCCUCUCAACUGCUGAGCGACUCCAGAUUAAGACUCAUCUGAAUUUGCAAACUGGUUCUGGUGGAUCACAGUUUUGUGGACUGUAAGCUUUCAGUAGAUGGACCCAGGCUUUCAUCAGCCUUUGAAGCCUUUUAAGCCAAUAGGACCACCAGCGUUGCUUUUCCAUUUUCCUCUUGUUUUUUUUUUCCCCACUCUUUUGCCUAUGACCUGGAAAUCUAUCUAAUUCCACCAUCUUCAGCUCAGUGCAGAUUGUGGAUCAUCUGAGGAUUACAGCUCAGGGAGCUAUGAUUCCACAGGAGUAUUCUUUGCAUAAGUAUUUUCACCUGUGACAUAUAAAAGAAAUGUGACACACAACUAGGAUAAAUGAUGUAGCAAAUAUGGCAAACUGCCCAAUCAGAUGAUAGCCUUCACUUUAUUUUUGUGUGUGAUACAUUUUUUUUAAAGUGCUGUAUAUCUGUACAUUCUUAUCACAUUUCGAGUGUGAUUAAAAGUUCAUAUUUACGUUGUCCCAAACACUGUUUCAUCUGACAGAGAUCAUAUAAUGCAGUUUUUUGUUUUUUUU